UUGGAGAAGUCUACUGGAAGCUAUUGCUUUUAAUAAAGCCAUCUCGGGUGGUGCUCCCUUCGUCCGCCCUAAGUCAAUAAGUAGGAUCCCUUCGUUCAUUAGGAGAUAGCUGGACAGUGGUUCGCCAAUCACCAUCAGUAGCAACAUACUACUAGCUUGUGACUUGUGAGCGAGUGAUGGCGGUAGCUGCAGGGGCUAACGACGACGGCGAGCAGGCCGCUGCUCGUGAUGAGCCAACAGCACCAACAACCCCCGCAGUCGCAAUGCCCAGACUAGAUCCGCAGCUGCUCAUGGCUGCUCGCCGCGGCGACAGCAACGAGCUCAAGCGUCUUCUACAGCCGCUGGAGGAGAAGGAGGCGACUGCACCAGCACCGGAGGUCGCCGUGGUAAUUGACGACGAUGGGUCGCCUCCUCCUGUUGCUGCACAUGCGUCGGCCUGUGGACGAUCGUCGUCACUCCUUUUCGGGGAGACCGCUAUGGGCGACUCUCUGCUGCACGUGGUUGCCGCCGCAUGCGGCGACGGCGACGGCUUUGUGGAGUGCGCCAAGACGAUCUGCGGCAAGAAGGGUGGGGGGCGCCUCCUGCUCGCGUGCAACAAGAAUGGCGACACACCCUUGCACUGCGCCGCCAGUGCUGGGAACGCCACCAUGAUCUCCUGCCUCCUCGAUCUCGCCGACGAUCAGCAGGGGGCGAUGGCCAUGGUGAGAGUGCAGAACCAGUGUGGGGAGACCGCCUUGCACCACGCGGUCAAGCGGGCCUGCUGCAUGAUGCACAACCGCCCGUGGCCCGUGGUCGUGGAUGCUGACUAUAUAGAGCGCCUGGCCUGCGUCGACAAGCUCAUGGCCGUGGAUCCAGAGCUGGCCUGCAUCCCACAUGAUGGGGACGGUGCUUCGCCGUUGUACCUGGCCAUUUCGUUGGGUGAAAUGGAGAUUGCACGACACCUGUUUACCAAGACCAAAGGCAAGCUGUCCUACUCCGGACCAGACGGACGAAACGUCUUGCAUGCAGCUGUUUCUUGUGCGAACGUCCAAGCGCUUGGUAUGGUUUUGAUGUGGCUCAAGCAAGAAGCACCAAAGACGCCCAACCAAGGAGGGUCGUCUGACGACGAUCUCCUGAAGCGACUCACUAGCCAAGGGGACAAGAAGAACGGGAGCACCCCUCUUCACUUGGCUGCGUCCUUGUGGGGCUUCCCGUCCACAUGCAUUGUUCCCACUUGGUCUUGGAUGUGGUCAGGGUGGCGGCGUGUGGUGAUCGAUGAGCUGCUAGGCGCUAACGCAUCGACGGCGUACCAGGCGGACACGUACGGGCUGUACCCCAUACACGUUUCUGCAGGGGUUGGCUCCAUCGACGCCAUCGAAAUGAUACUAGAAAGGUGCCCGGAGUGCGCCAGCCUGCGGGAUGGCAAGGGAAGGACGUUCCUCCACGUCGCUGUUGACAAGGGGAUGUUUGGCGUGGUUAAAUACGUGUGCAAAACGCCGGAGAUGUCAUGGAUGCUGAAUGCCAUGGACGACAACGGGGACACCCCGCUCCACCGAGCUGUGUAUGCUGAAAAUCUCAGUGUCUUCGGAUGUCUCUUUUGGAAUCCACAGGUACGCCUGGAUGUUGUGAAUAAGGAGGGCAUGCGACCGGUUGAUGUUGCAUGGAGCAGGAUGCCUCUAGAGGCUUAUUAUGCAUGGGAUCCAAGAAUACAUAUACGAAAUUCACUAUUAAAAGUGGCAGCUCCAUAUGGUGAAAGCAGUCGGGGCGACCUCUUCAAGCAAAAACAUGCUGACCUCUUCAAGCAAAAACAUGCUGACGACAAAACCCAGGCGCAAUUAUUAGCAGGAGGCGAGGACACUACCUCGGCGAAUAAACAUCAUGCUGACAACACCCAUCAGCAGUUGUUUGAAGGAGGCGAGGGCACUAUAUCGUCGACUCUAACAUCUGCGGCGCAAGUCAUGGGUAUCCUAUCCGUCCUUGUUACAACUGUCACAUUUGCAUCAGCCUUCACGUUGCCUGGAGGAUAUCGAGCCGACGGCGGCGACGCUGCAGGCACGCCGGUGCUUGCCGGGAGCUAUGCUUUCGAGGCCUUCGUCCUCGCUGACGCUAUGGCAUUUAUCUGCUCUCUGUUAGCUACCUCUUUCCUGCUCUAUGCCGGGGUGCCUGCUUUUACCCUCACGGACCGCUUCCAAACCGUGAAUGAAGCAUACGGCUUGAUGAUGCAUUCAGCAAGGAGCUUGGUGGCCGCUCUUGGCUUGGGGCUCUACGUCGCGCUGCAUCCAGUUGCCCGCACCAUUGCACUUGUCAUCGCUGUCUGGAUGAGCAUGCUUGUAUAUGGCUUCACCAAGGAUUCGGAAGGCAUCGAUUAUAUGUUUAGCUAUCCUAUAAUUCCAAGACAGAAACUCUCGGCAUGGAGUCGCGUGUUAGGCUGGAUUAUCUAUUUGUUGGAACGCCUCUGGUCCUACAUACUAAUCUUCGGCGUCCCGGCAAUUCGCAAGUGGGCAAGGGGAAGGUAGCCCGCCAACAAGUUACAACACCUAAUCUCAAGCUACUAGUGUCUCUCCUCGUGCAUGCAUGGUUCAAAGACCACCUAGAGUACCUGGUCUCGCGAUCGAUGAUGGCAGUUGCUGUGGUUGGUUGGUUGUUGUUGUGAUGGUGCUGUCUUGUUGGCUGCGUACUUUAAUUCGUCGUGUGAGUAGUGUAAUUUUCUUAUUUUUGUUGUGUUUUAUUGUUUUAUUAGGUUUCUCAUUCUCUAUUAAUACUAGCAGAGAGGGCACGUGCAACACGCACGUGAUACAAAAUUA